AAAAAGUUGGGUCAGGAUCACUACUCUAGAGGCGAUUACGUGUGCGGACUAAGUCAUGACUGCAACGACCACAACGACUACGCUGAGGAGCUACAUAGCUCCGCCGCAGACAAAGGAAAAAUUGGACUGGGCAGAACUCGAGGCACUCGACAUCUCUUUGCUGGACCAGCCAGGUGGGAAACAAGCAUUGGCAAACCAAGUUCUGAGCUUUAUCAAUAAAAAUGGCUUUUUCUACGUAACUGGGCACGGGCUCACCAACCAUCAAGUGGAUCGACAAUACUCCAUUGCACAGGCAUUCUUUGACCUACCACUAGAAGAAAAAUUGCAAUAUUCCUGUGACACGGCGGUUGGUGAUUUUCGCGGCUAUAAGCCUCGGUCAACAGGUGAACUGGCUGCCAGAGAUAAUGACGAGCGAUACAAUAUUCCAAAAUUCACACUGGAGCAUGAACGUCCUCACCCCGAACUGAUUCUCCAACACUAUGAAGAGAUUAAGGACUUCUCUUUGCACAUUCAUAAUAAAAUCCUUCUACCUCUCCUUCGUCUAUUCGCCUAUGUACUCGAAAUCGAUGAAGAAUAUCUUGUGCAAAUCCAUCGAUACGAGGCAAAGGGCCUUGAAUAUCUCCGAUAUAUGCAAUACUACCCGCGCACGGUAGAAGAAGACGCGAAACUAGGAAAUCUAUGGGCCAAAGGCCACACAGAUUAUAACACGCUCACAUUCCUCUUCCAUCAGCCAGUUGCCGGUCUGCAAGUUCAACAACCCGACAAUACGUGGAAAUAUGUCAAAUCAGAACCUGGACCCAUCAUCGUUAAUAUCGCAGACGCCUUGGAGUAUCUCAGCGGAGGUUUCCUAAAGUCCACAGUUCAUCGCGUUACCCGUCCACCGCCAGAUCAAGCUGAUAAGCCUAGGCUUGGUCUGAUUUAUUUUGCUAGGCCAGAAGCCGAAGUCAAGAUGAAGCCAGUACAGAGUCCGCUCUUAGAGAGAUUAGGAUUGCAAGUACCAGCUGCUCAAUUGAAGGCCUUGGAAGAGGUAACUGCGGAAGAUUGGGCUCGCGCUCGCAUCGCCAAGGAUCAUAGAUUUCGUACUGGAAUAGUCAAAAAACAAGAGACUGAGAUUCUUGCAGGCGUACAUCAAAAAUAUUACGAUUAAUAAUUUAGACCAUUGUUAAAUAUCACUUCUGUAGGACCAACUCGUCGUUUUACUGACCUUCACUAGCCCAGGCCACGAGGGGACUACCGAAUCUGCCAAUAACUUUUUGAUUAGUUCUAACCUGCUGAGACUCUACUCACAGUGGAGCUUUGUGGUUUCACGCUCUAAUGUGUGAAUUUUUCACAAGCUUCAAAUUGAUCCGUUUUCAAUUCACGCGAAGUUAACGUGAAUAUCAUUGUUGAAUAAAUUGAGCAACGUGUUCGCUUAGCGCCGAAGUCUAAACAUGGUUGAGUUGCAAAUAAUGCAGCAGCCUACUAAGGAAUUUUCUUUUAAGAAUAAUGCGCUUCCAAAAUAACGCGAAAAAACCUAAAUAACUUCGGCCCACACAUA